AUGACCUUCCCCUUCACAGCCCUGCUCUGUCUUGGAUUGACUCUGGGCCUGUGGAUCCCAGUGACAACAGGGUCCCUCCCUAAGCCUAUCCUCAAAGCAUACCCAGACUCUGUGGUCUCAAUGAGGAAUAAAGUGACCUUCUUGUGUGAGGGGACCAUUGGAGCCAACAAGUACAUGCUCUAUAAAAAUGGCCAUCUAUAUGCAAGAGUCACAAAAAACCAACAGAAGCCAGAAAACAAGACUGAAUUCUCAUUCUCAAACAUAGACCAGCAAAAUGUAGGCCAUUAUCAUUGUUCCUACAGGACCCAGACUAAAUCAUCAGACUUCAGUGACUCCCUGGAACUUGUGGUGACAGGAGCCUACAGAAAACCCAGCCUUUCAGCCCAAACUAGCCCUGUGGUGAUUCCGGGAGAGUAUGUCACCCUCCAGUGUGAGUCUUGGCAGAAUUAUCACAGGUUCAUUCUGAUGGUAGAAGGACCACAGAAGCUCUCCUGGAGACAAGACUCACAGUAUAACCUUUCUACUGGGAAGUUCCAGGCCCUGUUCUCUGUGGGCCCUGUGACCCCCAACCAGAGAUGGAUGUACAGAUGCUACAGCUAUGACAAGAACAAACCACAGGUGUGGUCAGAGCCUAGUGAACCCCUGGAGCUCCUGGUCUCGGGGAACCUCCAAAAACCAACCAUCAAGGCUGAACCAGGCUCUGUGAUUACCUCCAGAAGAGCCAUGACCAUCUGGUGUCAGGGGAACCUGGAUGCAGAAAUAUGUUUUCUGAAAAAGGAGGGAAGCCAAGAAACCUGGAGCACAAAGAUCCUACAGGAGCCUGGGAACAAGGGGAAGUUCUUCAUCCCUUCUGUGACAGAAGAGCAUGCAGGGCAAUAUCGCUGUUACUGUUACAGCUCAGCUGGUUGGUCAGAGCCCAGUGACACCCUGGAGCUGGUGGUGACAGGAACCUAUGACCACUAUAAACCUAUGCUGUCAGUACUCCCCAGCCCUGUGGUGACAAUGGGAGGGAACAUGACACUCCAGUGUGCCUCACAGAGGCACUAUGAUAAAUUCACUCUAACCAAGGAAGAUCAGAAAUUCACCAGCUCACUGGACACACAGUAUAUAAAUUCUAGUGGACUGUACAAAGCCCUGUUUUUUAUGGGACCCUUGAUCCCAAACUACACAGGGACAUUCAGAUGUUAUGGUUACUAUGAGCAUGCCCCACAGCUGUGGUCAGUACCCAGUGAGCUCCAACAAGUACUUAUCUCAGGACUGUCCAAGAAGCCCUCUCUGCUUACUCACCAAGGCCAUAUCCUGGACCCUGGAAUGAGCCUCACCCUGCAGUGUUGCUCUGACAUCAGCUAUGACAGAUUUGCUCUGUACAAGUUGGGGGAAUCUAACAUCAUGCAGCACCCUAGCCAGCGGACCAACACUGGCCUCUACAUGGCCAACUUCACACUGGGCCAUGUGAACCCCUCCACUGGAGGCCAAUACAGAUGCUAUGGUGCACACAACCUCUCCACUGAGUGGUCAGCGUCCAGUGAUUUCCUGGACAUCCUGAUCACAGGACAGCUCCCUGUCACUCCUUCCCUCUCAGUGAAGCCUAACUCCACAGUACACACAGGAGAGGACGUGACCCUGCUGUGUUGGUCAGUGUACAGUGUGGACGCUUUCAUUCUGUCCAAGGAGGGAUCAGCCCAGCCACCCCUGAGACUAAAAUCAAAGUUCCAAGAUCGGCAGUUCUUCACAGAAUUCUCCAUGAAUGCUGUGACCUCCCAUCUCUCAGGCACCUACAGGUGCUAUGGUUCUCAAGACUCAUCUCUCUACCUGUUGUCACAUGCCAGUGUCCCUGUGGAGCUCACAGUCUCAGCCCCAGAGAACCAGGAUCACACAGUGGAGAAUGUCAUCAGGAUGGGGAUUGCUGUCAUCGUCUUCAUAGCCCUUCUGAUUGUGGUCUUUGAGUCCAGGGGCAGCCAGAGACAGAUCCACUGUAUAACUAGAAGAUAA